CCAUCCACUUCCCAUCCACUUCCCUCCAUAAUCCAUAAACCCUCCCCCCCCAACAACCGCAUCAACUCCCUCCCUUCUUCCAACCCUCACCACAACUCUCCACCUUCAUCCUCUUUUCCACCCCCAACCCCUCCCAUCACCACCGCCUCAUUCCAUCAAAAAGUCCUUCAUAAUCCAUCCAACACCCCCUUAAACCACCGUCCUUCAAUCCCUUCAAGACGCCUCCAUCCACUCAUCCAUCUAGACGACCCGAUUACCCACCCACGCCCACCAUAUCUCGGCUUCGUCGCCGUUUCCCCAAAGCCUCGUCGCGGAGUUGAAGCUAUUCAUACAUUUCGCCACACCCCAACAAACACAUUGAACACAUCGAACACAUCUAACACAACAAACACAUUCAUUUCUUUCCCCUUUCCGCCUGCGCCCGUCUUUACAAUUCAACGUCUUUCGUUUCUUCAAGUUCGUUAUUUUGUCCCCACGGUAUCCCAUCUCCCCCAGACCGACCCAAAAUGUCUGGUGUUGAUGGUCCCGCCAACAACGGACCAUCUCGUUACAGCUCGUCCCCCGAACUGUCGAGUCCGCCGUGCUCGCCCUCCGACCCCGGCUCACCUGCCGCUCGCCAACUACUGAGGGAUCAACGCGAUGCUCAGGAUUCCACCAUCGUCGGUUCUGCUGGUGUUGUCGACGAACGCCCAUCACUACCUUCCGCUCCACCUGCCAGGAAGAAGCCAGGUCGCAAGCCAAAGCUUCCCGUCGUCGCCGAUGGGGCCUCGGCAACUAGCACCGACACCAAACCCAAGCGCACGCGCAAGCCGCGAGAGGCCAAAGACCCCAACGCUGCACCCGUCCCGCGCAAGAAGAGAGUAACUGCCGGGACGACGACGACGACGACGACGACGACGACGACGACACAUGAUGCCGAUGAGGAUAAUAACACCACCACCACCGCAGCCAAACCAGCACACGCUGCGACACGACAGUCCAGGCUGACCGACAUGAACAUGCGACCGGCCAACGAGCCGGGGUACAGCAUCCUAAACGAGCCGUUCCAGCCGCAGCCGCACCAACAGCAGCAGUACAACGCCGCCGCCGCCGCCGCCUCCGCCGCCGCACCAGGACCCCAAAACGGCAAGUUUGAGGAUAUUCAAAAGGCCACGCCCGUCUCGUUCUUCAACGCCGCGCCACCACCACAACCUCAGCCGACGCAACCACCACAACACUCGCAGCCCGUUCGGUCAAGCGGUCAGAACUACGACCCGAUCCGCUCAAACUACGACCCGGUGCGCGAGAACGUGCCAAGCCACCCAUACCACGCCCAGGUGUCGCCCAAGCCCGCGCCGUCGAACCGCGCCAGCGCAUCGCCAUCGAUUGCGAGUCUCGUGGACCCACCACACCAGUCCUCGACCUCGCCCUCCAUGGCUGCGCAAUCUUUCUUCCAGCAUCAGAUGAAGAUGCACACCUCCGUCCCUCCGUCGCCGACGUCCAUCCGCGUCGUCCCUUCACCAACCUUGAACGCUUCUACGGGCCCUUCGCCAUCGUCUGGUGUGCAAUCCGCCACCCGCUCCCGUCAGGAGGAGGCGAAACCAUACGUCCGCGCCCCUGCGCCACCGCUAUCAUUCGCCGCAAACCCGGCGCAGAUCACAUCAAUCUCCAAACCCCCUGCGUCGACCUCCACCGCCGCCGCCGCCGCUGCGCACCCCAAAGCUUCCAAACCCAUCGACGCCACCCCUCCCCCCCUCCCGGGACAAGGCAACGGCUUCUUCAACGCCCCCAAAGACGGGACGGAGUCAAGGGCUCCGACGAUCGUGCUGCACAUCCCGCUGAAUGGGGGGUCGAAUAGGUAUAUCAAUUUCACGCGUCUCGCGGAGGAGCGGUACGGGUGGGACGCCAUGCACCCCCGCUUAGCGGCGCAGCGCGAGCGUCUUGCUCGUGUCGCGGCCGCGGGCGCGGCGCUGGAGAAGAGUGGGCAUAAGGAGAGUGGUGAUGAGAUGUCCCUCGAUAUUUCCGAUGCCGAAGGCGACAACUCUAACGUUGAGAUGGGGGGGGUGAGCGAUGGGCGCACCGGCACCGACGCUGGGAAGAAGGUUGUCAAGAAACGCAGGAUGAAGGAGGAUGAUUAUGAUAAGGAGGAUGAUUUCGUGGAUGAUUCGGAUUUGUUGUGGGAGGAGCAGGCGGCGGCGAGUGUGGAUGGGUUUUUUGUGUACUCUGGCCCUCUUGUCCCCGAAGGCGAAAAGCCCGCCCUCGAGCGUGGCGAAGGCGGUAAACGCGCUCGCGGCUCGCGUGGACGUGGUGGCGCGAGGGUGGCUUCUGGGACACGUGGUGGACAUGCUGCUGCGGCUGCGGGGGCGAGGGAAGGAGGGAAGGAGGGGAAGGAGACGAGGGGGGGGGGGGCGACGAGGAAACCGAGGGUUACGAAGGCGGAUCGGGCGAGGAGGGAUGCGGAGAAGGUUGAAAGGGAGAGGAUGGGGGUGUUGGCUGCGAGGGGGGGUAUGCCGGUGGGGGGGGGCAUCAUUUGGGGGGACUCCUAUGAUUUUUGA